GGUAUUUCUGCUCAUCUGAAAUACACCCACAGUAUUAUAUCUCAAGACAGUAGUUAUUUCUGGCAGGGCUUAUCAGUAAAGCUUCACACUCUACAGAGUGCCACUGAUGACAUAAGCACGCAGGUAUGUGAGAUCGCAGCCAUUGGAGAUAACAGUCAACGUUCUGAACAAGAUUUACAUCAAAACAAAGAAGAGGCAAAGAUGCCGGAGAGACGUAAAAUGAAGUCGCCCAGUCCGAAGAUGACUAGUACGCCAAAGAUGAAACGUAAAGAAGUCGACACAGAAUCUACAGAAGAACUUCAAAAGAGACUGGGCUACGGUGAUAACCCAACACAAAAGAAAGAAUUUUCGACAAAAGAUUCGGUUGAGUUCACAGAAUACAAUGAUGGCACAACAAGACCGAUGUUCAAAAAGAGGCUGAAGAGUGUGACGGGGAAAACCGGAGAGAUGGCGCAGCUUGAAUGUACAGUUUCGGGCUCCCCUCUACCUAAGAUACUUUGGCUGAAAAACAACCGGCCCCUCAAAGCUAGCGAUGGCUGUAAAGUGAUUGUUGACGAGGGAACAAAUAUUCUGGUGUUUCCUCAGGCGAAAGAAGAGGAUGUUGGGAUAUACACAGCGAGGGCUAUGAAUGUCAAUGGAUCGAUUAUGUGCUCGGCAGAGUUCUCGUUGUCGGACGGUCAGGGCGUACCCGCCCAGCAAGCUACCGACAGCCCUAUGGAUAUGGACUUUACAACCCCAGCCUACUUCUUUCAGAUGUCAAGCUGCGAGGUGGCUGAGGGAAGACUGGCUAGAUUUGACUGCAGGGUUGUAGCUUAUCCAAAACCGGAAAUUGUUUGGAUGAGAGAUGGAAAGGUCGUAGAAACCGAGCAACGCUACAAGCUGCUUAACUUUAACAACGAGAUUUAUUCCCUGCUUAUACAAGAUGUACGCAUUGAGGAUACUGGCCGCUACACAUGUUGGGCCAGGAACAAAUUUGGCGAGGCCAUGACCGAGGCUUAUUUAAAUGUCAUAGCUUUAACGGAGCAAGAGCCUGAUACUGAUAUUGCACCGAAGUUUCUCACCCGAUUUUAUGACCAACAAACCACAGAGGGCACUGCAACAGACUUCAAGUGUCUGAUUGCAGGACGUCCCGAGCCCAGUGUAACAUGGCUGCUUGAUGACCUGGAGAUUCGAGAAAAAGGAGAUGUGAAAAUGAGGCGUAAGGACGGAGUUGUCAGUCUUGAAAUAAAAUCACCAAAAGUUGAACAGUCAGGAACGUACACUUGCCAGCUUAGUAAUCCACUUGGGGAGGCCACAUGCAGUGCCAAAUUGACAGUUGUAGAGGACAAAUUGCGUGGAAAAAUGUUGCCGAAAUUCUUAAAGAAGUUUGAUCAUGUGACUGCAAAGGAGGGAGAAGAGGCGAAAUUUACGAGCGUGAUCAUCGGCGAGCCACAACCUGAUGUCACAUGGCUGUUUGAUCAUAAACCAAUCUCUGACACAAACAGAAGAUUUCAGAUGAAGAAGGAAGGCGACGCAUACACACUGAUCAUUAAGAAUCUCAGAUUUGACGAUGCCGGUAAAAUCACGUGCAAAGCUUCGAACGAGGAAGGAGAGGUGUAUUGUAGUGCUAACUUGCACGUGCGCGAGAGCAAGUUCAUGAGGGAUGUGCCAGAAAAAACAGGUGUCAAGGGCCAGGAUGACACAGAUUCUAAGUUUGGCUAUAUACCUACAUUUACCAAGCGUCUACAAGACCUGGAGGUGAAGGAAGGAGCAAAAGCUACUUUUGAAUGCAAAGUGAUGGGAAUACCAGAUCCAGAGAUAGCUUGGAUGAAGGAUGGUAGAGUUAUUGCCCCUGGUGGAAGGUAUCACAUGACCCUUGAGGGCGGGACUGGUCAACUCGUGAUUGACAAUGUAACCUCGGCAGACACAGGAGUUUACACGUGCAUUGUUUCAAAUAACCAAGGCAAAUCGUCAUCCACAGCUGCUUUGAAACUCGAAGAGCCAAAGAAAGACCGAUACACUCCUGACAGACUUCUUGAAGAAAGAACAUCAAGAAAGGACAGAUAUACACCAGAUAAAUAUUUGCUGGACGAUUCAACCUCGGCUAAACGUCCUUAUCUAGAUUCUGACAAAUACGAUAAAUACGAUAAAUUCGAUAAAUUCGACAAAUAUGACAAAUACGAUAAAUAUGACAAGUACGAUGCUAAAGUCAAAAGAACCUACGAAAGCCCGCUUGCUUCUACAAAACUUGAUGACAGUUACACCCCACGCUCGAAGAAAAAAUAUGACAGCCCGAAAAGCUCGUAUGAUAGCUACAAACCGAGGUACGAGUCAUCUUUUGAAAGUCCGAACAUGUCUUUUGAGAGUUCCAAGAUGUCUUACGACAGCCCUAAACGCUCCUACGAAAGUCCACUUACACAAUACGAUAGUUCCUUUGGAAGACUUGAAAGUCCUGUACGACAGUAUGAUUCCUAUAAAAGAUACGAAAGUCCAGUUCGUCAGUAUGAUGGGAUUUCUACAAAAUACGAGAGUCCUGUAAGGCCAUAUGAAAGUAUUUCGUCAAGGUACGAGAGUCCAAUUCGACAGUAUGAUGGGAUAUCUACAAAAUAUGAGAGCCCUGUCAGACCAUACGAAAGUAUUUCAACAAGAUACGAAAGUCCAGUUAGAAUGCAUGACACACCAAGGAGCGUGUAUGAAAGUCCAAGAAGACGGUCUUCAGUUGGAAGAGAGGAAAAAAUAAAGGCUGUACCAAAAAUACCAUUCGAUCGGCCAGCACUGCUGAACAAACGUGAAGAUUCAGUGCAGUUAUCGUGGCUGCCAGCUCCAACUUACGAUUUACCGGAUGAUGCUCGACAUAUUUCGUAUGUAAUAGAAUCACGAGAAGUGCCGAGUCGAGAAUGGACAAAGAUAGCAUCGGCUGUGCAUGGAACAUCGUUCACUGCCAGACACUUGAGACCUGAUAAGGAAUACGAGUUCCGAGUACGAGCCCAAAAUCAACAUGGUGCUAGCGAACCCACUUGGAAUGCCUCGCUUGAUAAAAGAGUUGAUGGAACUAGUAAACAGCUGGACAUGCCUGAAAUGCGGGCUCCGCCCAGAUUGCCUUCUCAUCGACCAAUCAUAACUGACUUGGGGGAGGAGACAUUGAGGUUGGCAUGGCGACCUGCGGAGACCUACCAAUCAAAGAGAACGCCCCCUGUUUCAUACAGAUUGGAAGCGAAAGAGCUUCCUGGCAAAGACUGGAUGCCACUGUCUAGCCGCCUUCGUGACACUUCACACUAUUUAUCUGAGCUUCCACACGACAGAGAUUUCAUGAUCCGAGUCCGAGCAGAGAAUGAUUUCGGAAUGAGCGAACCGACAGAACCGUUGUGGCUUCCCAGGGCCACAGCCUUCCCUGGCGUUCCAGUCACACGUCCUGAAAUCAUUGACUAUGAAGAUACGCGAGCCAAGUUGUCCUGGUCGCGUGUGGAUAUACCUGCAUUUAGUUUGGGUGAUUCGCAUUUGAUGUAUAUGCUUGAGGUUGAAGAACCACCUCAUAAGGACUGGAGGACCAUUGCUAGAGACUUGGACGACACAGAGUACAUUGUUGAGGGUCUUAGACCAGGUCAUGAUUACAGGUUCCGGGUGCGAGCCAAGACACCGACUGGUAUCGUCAGCGAACCUUCCCCAGCUGUGUCUCUUUACACCAAACUUGCCCAGAGCAGGGCACCAGUGGACAGACUUGAAGUUAUUGACUAUGAGCCGGAUAGCAGGAGUGUGAAUUUGUCAUGGGACCGUGUAAAUAUCCCGCCCUACAAUCUCGAUGAAGAACCUCUGAUGUAUAUGCUGGAAUAUCAAGAACCUCCAAUGCCUGAAUGGAAAACACUUGUUACUGGAAUACCAACUACCAGGUACAGGGUCAUGCACCUUGACAGUGACAGAGACUAUAACUUCAGAGUUCGAGCCCUGACACCAUACGGAGUGAGUCCACCAUCACCAGCUUUGCCCGUCUCAAUGAGACCAUCUUCUCAAGUUCCAAGAGGCUUGCCAGAAAAGGUCAUUAUCUCGGAAGUGGAGCCACACUCUCUUAGGUUGUCAUGGCGACGACCCAUGUAUGAUAUUGAUAAACCAAUUAGUUACCAGGUUGAAAUGUUGGAAUCGCCCUUCUCUGACUGGAAGCCAAUUGCUACAAGAGUUAUAGACACCACUUACAAAGUAACAGGUUUGAAACCUACACGUGACUACCAGUUCCGUGUGAUCCCGCACAUAGACUCCGGAUACCUGACGCCUAGCCCAUCUGCAGCUCUUACAACUAUGCCAGUGAAACCAAGGCUACCAUACACUGAACCAAGAUUGAAAGAACUUACACCAGAAUCUGUCCAGUUAUCUUGGGGAUCAGCAGAACUUCCGGCUUACCAGAGGAAACAAUCGCCUAUUCACUACAAGGUUGAAAUGGCUGAACUACCAUCCAGUAACUGGGUUCCGGUGGCAAGACGUGUACCAGAAACAAUGUUCAAUGUGACCGGUCUGAGACCGAACCAGGAAUACAAGUUCCGAGUCUUUGCUGAAUCAGAUAGUGGUUUAAGUGAACCAAGUAUGCCAGUGACACUGUACAGAAAACCAGCUCCUAAGUUCAUUUUGAAAGAGCCAUCAAUCCGUGACAUUUCUCAGAAUGUCGUUCAGUUGACAUGGACCCCGGCAGAUUUCCCGGACAGCACGGAGAGUGUUUCAUACAUGGUUGAAAUGCAAACUCCACCAGGAAUCUCUACAUGGAGUACACUGUACAGAAAACACCCAUCGCCAAGUGUUCGCCUUGCAGACCUAAGACCUGAUUUGGAUUAUCUGGUGCGUGUACGUGCGCAGUGUGGAUCGUACCUAAGUGAACCGACUCUGCCCGUGUACAUACCGAGACGUGCUGCUCCACCAAGACUUCCAGUAGAGGAACCUUACGCUAUCGACAUCAGUGACGACUAUGUGAAACUACAGUGGCGCUCUGCCGAGUUACCCACACACAUACAAGACUACGCUCCAGUUACCUACAGAUUGGAAGCACAAGAAUUUCCUGAUACCAACUGGGUAGCAAUUUCACGUGGUAUCCCACACACAGACUUCAAGGUUACAGGUUUGAACCCAAAGAAGGACUACAGUUUCAGAAUAAGAGCAGAGAAUGAGUAUGGACUUAGUGACCCCACCCACCCAAUGACUAUUAGGAAAAGAUCAGUUGCCCCAGUACUUCCAACAUCUGAGCCGCUGCUGUACGAUGUUGGACCGGGUUCCGCAAGGCUCUCUUGGCGCCCGGCAACACUUCCAUCUUUUGCCCCUUCACAAUCUUCGAUCACCUACACGCUUUUCGUACAAGAGCUCCCCUUCAAGACUUGGCGUCCAUUGGUGAAGAGAAUACCCCAUACUUCCUAUUACGUCUCUGGGCUUCAGCCAGAUAAAGAAUACAUGUUUAGGGUGCAAGCCGAGAACCAGUUCGGAAGUAGUAAACCAACCGAAUCAGUCCUUCUGCAAAGAUUUAAAGAUUUCAAACGACCAGUUUCGGUACCUGAGGUCUCUGAUUUCGAUGAGGACUUGACAUCUGUGAAGCUCCGUUGGUCACCGACCAGACUCAGUCCUCCUUUCGACACAUCACCUAGAAAGUACACCGUGGAGACCUGGGAACCAGUGCGCCGGGAAUGGAAACCAGUCGCUCGUGGAAUACGGGAUACAACAUACCAGAUCCGAGAAUUGCCAAAGUUGCCGGACCAUUUAUUCCGAGUCCGAAUGGAAACAGAAGAGGCUUGUUUGAGUGAACCUUCACUUCCAGUCUCCUUCAGUAGAUACAGAUUACCAAGAGCGCCAAUGUACAGACCACAGUUGUACGAGGUUGACGACGAGUCUGUGAGGUUGUCAUGGCAACCAGUACACGUACCUGAGGGUGUUUCCCGGCGAUCUGUCAGGUACACAAUUGAACAACGCGAAAUUCCCGAGCCUCACUGGUCUCCAGUAGCAACAGACGUAAUGGAGACAAGUUACAAGGUCAGAGGUCUUCGCAUGAAACAUGACUACGAGUUUCGUGUAAAAGCGACGUAUGACGGAACGUCCACGGAACCUUCAUACCCUGUGUCUUUGUACAGGAGAGCUGUAAUACCGACCGUGAGAUUUGAUGCACCAGAGGUGUACGAUGUCGACGACACAUCUCUGUCCUUGCGCUGGAAUACCGUCGAUGUUCCUGCGUUCACUCGCGACGAAGAACCUCUGAUGUUUGUAAUUGAACGUCAAACUCUACCGAGUUACGAGUGGCAAUCUGUCGCCACUAACGUUGAAGACAAAAGUUACACUGUGCGAGAUUUGGAACCGUACCAAGAUUACAACUUCCGUGUACGUGGCAUUUAUCCGUCUGGCUACACUGAACCAUCGCCAUAUGUUCCGGUUUAUCGCCGUCCAAGUGAGUCUAAGAUAGGAUUAGUUGGUUUAGAAAGUAGUACAAUAGAAUAUAAGAGUUACGGUAGUCAGAAAUAUUCCUCCAAAUCUGCGACCCCUCAAAAGGUCUUACCCACACAAAAACUGCAUGCAUCUGUCCCUGCUACGGAAUUAUCUGCUGUUACUAGGAAAGGUAUUGAAACUAGGUUAAGAUCUUACGGAAGUUCACCACAGAGGCGAUACUCUGUAGCAAACAUUUACGACACAAAAGAGGUAUACACAAAAGAAGCAGAGUUUAAGCCAACUCCUCUGGCCCCAAUGCCGGAAGCAAGAUUCAAACUAGAAAAUGCAUAUGUUUAUAAAAGGUCAAGGUCACCUGUAAAGGUUGAACUGCCUACACAGUAUGAUACUUUGAAAACAGGAGAGAGUAAAAAGGUUACACACAAGAAAGAGUAUGAUUUAUAUGAUUGGUAUAGACAAUUACAUAAAAGGUACAGUGAUGUUGGUAUUGAAGAACUGACCCGAAGAAAGUCAAGAAAAUCCCAGUACAUGCUUGGGAAGGUUCUGGAACAAAGAAGAGCCGAACUUGUUCUCGAGGCACAAAAUAGAAGACACGCAAAGAGAGCAAGUGUGCCAACAAUAUCACCACAUGUUUCUCGUCCAACUGAGGUGUCUCUAGGAUACGCCUCUGUUGCCGACAGAUACGAGGAUAUCAAAUGCCCAUACAUUAUCAGUCCUGGUCACUGGAGGUUUGCCAGAAGACAUUCAAUAGCACUUGACUGGGAGGAUCUUCAGAGGCUUCAACGACAACUGAAGAUUGAGUCAGGUAAAUUAGAGGCCAAGAGAAGAUCUCGCUCUGAAAAACCCAAGUGGUUUAAUCCAAAGUAUGACUUUAUUUCACAAUCACAAGAUGAAUAUUUCGGGGGAACAUAUUUCCAUGUUGAAGAUCAGUUAAACUUCAAUGAUAUGAGGCCAAGAAUACCACAAGUUUUCACGACUCCGUAUGUGAGGAGAUCUCUUUCACAAGAGCGUGACCCUGGGUACUUCAUGAUUUCCAAAUUUGCAUUGUCAGUUUCUGGUGUUAAGAAGGACAGACCAGUAGGCAAGGCAACAAGAUCCUCUGUCAGACCAGUCUCUUUGGAACCAAGUCCUGUUGCCAGGUUACCAAGACAAUAUAGGUCAUACACCCCAGAUUAUAGGUCAUAUGUACCUGAAUACAGGUCAUACACUCCUGAAUAUAGGUCAGUUAGAUCUGAAUAUAGGUCAUAUACACCUGAAUAUAGGUCAUACACACCAGAAUAUAGGUCAUAUACACUAGAUUACAGAUCCUACUCUCCAGAGCAAAGGUCACUACCAAAGACAAGGUCAAUGACCCCUGACUAUUAUUAUUAUUAUGAUGAAAGUUCAAGGUCACAAACACCUGAGUAUCCUGACCUUGAUAAACUUAAACAGAGGUCACAAUCACUUGCACAAGAACUUGCAAGGUCUAAACUCUAUGGCUCUGGGUAUAGACCAGGGUCAAGGUCAUCUUCAGAAAGGCCAGAAAGACAGACAUCCUCAACAAAGCCAGUAAGGAAACCUUCACCUCCAAGACAAAAGGAGGCAUUUGUUAAACCAAGGUCAUACUCUAUAUCUGUCCCAAGGGCAGAGAUGAAAAAAUUUAACAGAAUUAUUGAGGAUUCCAAAUCAAUUAUCACAAACUAUACAAGACUUGAUGAAAAAGCUAGGGCAGCAAGUGUUGCCAAAGGAACCAGUAGAACAGGUUCUGUUGCAGAUAUUAGGUCUGACCCACGUUAUUCCUCUACUCCAAGAGGUAGUAUGUCAGGGCAACAUUCUGAUGUACAUUCAGACCCACGAUACUCAUCAACCCCAAGAGGUAGUAUGUCUGCACAGCACAGUGAAGUGCGGGCAGACCCUCGAUACACUUCCACUCCAAGAGGUAGUGUUUCGGCACCUCGUGUUGAUGUGAAAGCAGACCCACGUUACAGCAGAACAAGAAAAUCAAGCGUUGUCAUGAGUCAGGCUGAGAGAGAACGAUUGUCAUCAAUAUCUGCUAUAAAGUCCGAUGCUAGGUUCUCGGCUCAAAGAAGGGCAACCAUUGCUACAAAUGAAGACUUGAAGUCCAAGUUAGACACACUGACAUCCUCUUUAUCUGUACCUAAACCGAAGAAAAGGAAGUCGUCUCGUCCAGUGAUCAAAUUCAAGUCGUCAAGAGGAGAAGGUGCACUGUAAAUGGAACAGCAAUUAAAUUGGAAUAGCAAUUAAAGCAAAAUUACCAUCAUGAUCAUUAGGGACUUGAAAAUAAAUCAUAAUUUAAAUAUUGAAAUAUGGUGUUGAAAUAACAUUAAAUAUUCUUAAAAAAUGUAGUACAUCAGAGGCCCUUUUUUUCAAACCUUUGGCUGGAAAACUUCAAUAAAAAAAUGAUGUUGAUAUGAAAUAACGAAAAGUUACAAAAGACAAUAUAUUGGAUAAUAUAGAAAGUGUAAAAAAAAUGAGAUGUUGAAAUGUUUGUUGACAUAUUUGUUAGAAUAACUGAAAUUGUAAAUAUUUAAAGGGAGAUUGUAUGAACAGUCAACAAUGUUAAUAUAUAACUAUAAUGGGACAAAAUGUGCUAAUUGAAAUAUAUAAUUGUUAAUUAAUUAACUAAUUUAGACAAUGUUUGUGGUGAUUUAGGUGGUAGGAUUAUUGUAAAGAUUUCAGUUCGUGUUAUUCAUAUUAAAAUAGAAGUUUGAAGAUUUUUACCCAUGGAGACCUUGUCUGGAUGAAGAAGAGAUUUUUGCUUGCUGAUUUUAUUGGACUGUAUGGAUAAAGAGCUUAGUUUUGAAUUUGGAAUUUGCAUCUUUUUUUUUUUUCGGAUAUUUUCCAUGCAGUACAUGGCUUAGCAUUUCCUCGUGUAAAAUCAGUCAUUCAAACGUUACACAAUCUGUUUGUUAUUAAACAACAGUGUUUUGUUAAAUUAGCAAAGAUUUAUUUUAAAAGGCAAUGCCAUGCAAUGCAAUGAAAUGGAAAAAAAUUGAAAGCCAAAAUGUCUGAUUCAAAUAUUUCAUUUUUGUAUUUUGAAAUAUUUGAUUAUAUCAGAAUCAUUAAAGUAAAGUUCAAAGUUGGUUAUUGGAAUUAUCAAAUUGAAAAUAAGCUUGAAGUGAAUCGCAUAUUAAUGUGUGGUACAGGAGUGGUUAUUUUUCCUGGAUUUCCGGACCUUAAGGUUUCAUGGGCUUGUUAUUGGUUGAACAUUGAAAGUUUUCCAAAAAGAAAAUGUUAUCAAAGCUUUUCCUGUGUGCUUUGUAUGCUUUGAAGUGAUGGAUAUUUAAAAUACUGAGUUAUGCCAUCUGUGGUGUGUCCCAUAGUGAUUUAUUACAGAAUUCUACAAACUAGGGCAUUAGCGAAUUCCUUUUGCAUGACUUAUGUUUGUAUUUUUAUAUGUUUUGAGGAUUUAAAUUAUAUUCUGCAUACUAGCUCAUGUAUACGAAGUUUUGGGAUAUAAAAAUUAAAUCACCACCUCUGUUUGCCUUUAUUUGCCUUCAUAAUCAGUAAAUUGUUUUUAAAUAUUGAUGUGCAAUAAUUGGUUUACCUAAAACUCAUGAUAAAAAUUUAGAAGUUUGUGAAGUUGUUUAUAACUUAUAGAGGUGUAAGGCAAGGAGUUUUACUUUCUCCUACCUUAUUAAGACUCAAAAGGGGAAUAAUUCUGACUACCACUAUUUUGUUAUGAAUACUUGUGUAUUUAAUUUGUUUUAUUGUAGAAAUUCGAUAUGGCCUUUUGAAAUGUCAUUUCUUGUUACACUUAACAGUUCUGUUAAGAAACAUGUUUCUUUUUAUAUAUAAAUUUUUUGUUAAAGUUUUUUAUUAUUCAAGAAUUUCCACUUGUUUAUUUGUUUCCUCUUUUUUUUCUCACAAAUGCUUUAAUGUUACUUUACUCCCCCUGUGAUAUGACCAGUAUUAGGUGCAAUGUUUACAAUGAUAUAAUCCUUUGUAGUAUGGUAAAUGUAUGAGAAUGUUUCUUGUUUGAAGCUUACUUUUUUUGUCAAUUUUAUUGUCAUAUACCUCACCUGAAAGUGCAAUAUUACCCCCAAGUGCCAAAUAUAUAUUUAUUUGUAAUGCUAUAUAGAGAUAGAAGAAGAAUUAUGCACAAAAAUUAUCUCCCUUUUAAAGCAAAAAUUAAUUAUGUGCAAUUUUCAGAUUUUAACCGCCAUUGCCUAGGUUUAGUGCUUAAAAUUUUCAAUGUCAAAAGUGUCUUAUCCAAAUCAUGUACAUUCUAGGUUCUCAUAUUUGUUUUUUCUUUGUUUUCCAUAGUAGUGCUUUAAGAUAAAUGAUUGUCCUUUUGACAGAGUCUACUUUGACUGUACAUGAAGAGUGACUGUCAGUGUUAUUAAACAGUACUGUUUUUAGAACAUUCCCAUAUUAUUAUUCUCUUUGUCACGAUUGUGUAUUUCACCAUGUUAAUACUGUUAUAUGCACUGCAUUUUACUAGUUAUUUCACUGAUUUAUUGAUGUAUCUUUUAACAAUAACUACAACUAGACAUGUAUCAAUAUUUAUAUAUAUUAGUUGUUACUAAGCUAUCACAUGUAUUGUUAAUGACAUUACUUAAACUAUAGGAGAGUGACAUGCUGUUUUAAAUGUUUAAACAAGGUUUAAGUUAAUGUAUUAAAAAAAAGUUUGCAAACCAUUCAAAUUUCAAUUUUAUGAUUGGUCAUUUAUGAUUGGUCGGUUUCAAAUUUUUGAUUUUUGAAAUCGACUAAUCAGGAGACAAACAUUUAUUUCUAUUUAUAUAAGCCAAUCAUAAGCAAGAACCUGAUAUUGUUUUUGUUCUAUUCAACCAAUCGCACUGCAGAGUUUUAGACUGAUCGCCAAAAUGAAGCAAUGAAAGCACCUAACACUUUUCUGAAAUAUUUAAAACAGCAUAAUUGUAAAUUGAUAAAAAGAAAUGUACUAAUCAACACUGAGUAAAAAGUCUAACUUUCUUUUUACAUACACACAAGUCCUUGCCCAUUUAGGAAGAAUACUACAUAAUUAUGUGUAAUUUUUGUACUGGGUUCAGUUUUUUUCCAAUUCAAAACUGACAAUUCUUUUUUUGUGUGCAAAAUUGAAAGUUACAUUGUAUUUUAUUCAGUUUUAAAUGUACUUCUGCACAUAAGUUAUUUAUGUACUUCUGCACUUAUAUUAUCUAUGAUUUAGUGACAUAUCAUUUUUAUAUUCUGAUAACGUUUAGAGCAUGUUAAAACAGAAAGCAAAUUCAAUGCACAUAAUAAAACAACAAUAUUUGCCCAGUCUAAAUUUUAAGCUCUUUCAUUGGCCAAUUUCAAAUCUGGUUUUUCAAAAUCAAACCAAUCAAAUGCUUUGAUUUGAAUUUGGAUGUAAACAAACUUUGAUUUUGUAGCUGUAAUUCCUUUUAAAAAUUGGCUGAUAAUAAAGAAAAAGGAAAAAAAUAUUUGUACUGUACACGGUAUUGAAUGUGAGAUAAAAUUUACAUUUAUUAAGUGCAUUAGAAAGAAUAUCUGAGCUAAUAUUGAUAAUUUACAAUCAUUUAGUGUAUAUUAUUAUAUAUAUAUAUUAGAUAUCAAAUACUUAAUCUUCUUGUAAUUUAUCUGAUAACUUCACACAUAUAUGUUGUUAUUGAAAAUUAACCGGCACUUAGUUAAGAUAUUAAAUAAUAAACCUAUGGAAGGCUCUAAUGGGACUUGUCAUUUCAACUAGGCUUAAUGUAUGAUAAUAAAAUGAGGCGAGGAAAGUUUAAAAGCCAUCCUGUGGAUAAAGUCUGUUUGAAAUGACAAGAAGUGUAAAAAUUCAUUUCAUCACAUGAUGAUAUUACACAGUCUGGCUGAAAAAAAAACCUGACAUAAAGACGUAGAAAAAAAUGGGGGCAUAAAACAUAGAAAAAAAAAUGGCAACAGCUUGACAUGCACCAUUCUUUAAAGUGACUCGGCCCAUUUUCUUUUGAAUUUGCUAAGAUUUAUAUUUGGACCAGACCAUUCAAAGUUGUUAAGGGAUUUCAAUCUGGCAAAUUUCUAAAAUUGAGAAAUGAACCUUAUAGAUAAAGCCUAGCCAAAGACUGCACAGUGGCAAAGGAUUAUCACUUUUCGGUCCAGUAGAAAAAAAUGGUUAAAGUAUGUGGUGAUUAUAUUACUAUGAAAACAAGGCACGUCAUGUGAUAAAUGUAUUUUAAUGUUAUAUAAAUUAACAGUUUUUAAUAUUCUUUGAUAUUUUAAAAAAAUGAAAAUAAUGUCUUUAGCAUGAUAGCAAAAUCUAAUCGUAAUUAUUAUUUGACAUGAACUAAUAUUAUACAUAUACAUAUAAUUACAUAUUACAGGUUUUAAUACUGUGAAAUCAUUUUAAUUUGUGGGCCUAAAAUUUCUUGAUUUGCUGACAAAAAGCAAUGUCGUUAGGUCUUAAAUUCAUGGAAUUCAGUUGCCAGAUAAAAAAAUAUGUGGCAGUAAAUUUGAUCGUCGGGGCUUUAAUAAUUUCGUGGUUGACCUAAACCAUGAAAUCCACGGAAAAAAUCAAACCGCGGCAAAUAAUAAUGAUUUCACAGUAUCUAGAAAUAUUAAUAUAAAAAGAAUUAAAUAUGUAUUAUCAGAAUGGAUUUGUAUAAUAGAAAGUAGAAGAACGGCAUGCUUUGUAAUUAUAAUAUUAUAUGUAAUAAAAGUAGAACACCAGUUGAA